AUGUCAGGAGGAGGAAAUAUAAAGGUAGUAGUACGAUGUCGUCCGCUCAACUCUCGAGAGUUGGCGAGAGGUGCCAAGGGUCUGAUUCGCAUGGAAGGUAAUCAAACCAUCUUAGAUCCGCCAGAACAGACUGGGCAGGCUUCAGGUAGAGCAACGGAGAAGAAGUCUAUGAGUUUCUCUUUUGACAAAUCAUACUGGUCGGCUGGACCUCGAGAUGACCCGAAAUACGCUUCGCAGCAGACGUUAAACGAUGAUUUAGGGGUUGAAUUGCUGGAUCAUAGUUUCGAGGGUUUCAAUACUUGUAUCUUUGCAUACUCGAUGAUGGGAUACGGUGCAGACAAAGGUAUCAUCCCCUUGACGACCUCUGAGCUGUUUAGCCGGGUAGAACAGCGGUCUGAGAAGGAUUCGGCAUUGUCACAUACUGUCGAGGUUUCUUACAUAGAGAUAUACAACGAAAAGGUACGAGACCUGCUCAAUCCGAAGAACAAGGGAAACCUGAAAGUUCGGGAACACCCAUCUUUGGGUCCUUAUGUAGAGGAUCUGAGUCGGCUGGUGGUGGAGAAUUAUAAUCAGAUGAUGACCUUGAUGGACGAGGGCAACAAGGCUCGUACAGUCGCUUCAACCAAUAUGAACGAGACUUCUUCCCGAUCACAUGCGGUGUUUACUGUCAUUCUUACGCAAAAACGACAUGACCCUCAAACCAAUAUGACCGGAGAGAAGGUAUCGAAGAUCUCUUUGGUGGAUCUAGCAGGUAGUGAAAGGCAAGCUUCGACUGGUGCUACUGGGACGAGGCUGAAAGAGGGUGCCAACAUCAAUAAAUCGCUCACUACUCUCGGAAAAGUCAUCGCUGCCCUUGCUCAAGCUAGUGCAGACCAUGGCAAGGGAAAGAAGAAAAAGGAUGAUUUCGUGCCAUAUCGAGAUUCGGUGUUGACUUGGUUAUUGAAAGAGAGUCUGGGUGGAAAUUCAAAGACUGCUAUGAUUGCUGCUAUCUCUACUUUGCGAUAUGCCGAUGCAGCCAAGAAGAUCAAAACCCAUGCUGUUGUCAACGAAGAUCCGAAUGCUAAACUCAUCAGAGAGCUCAAGGAGGAACUCGAAUUACUGCGAAACCGUGUUUCUGCUGGAGGAGGAAUCGAAGAAGCUACUUAUGAUCCUGCAAUCCCACUUGAAAAGCAAAUAGUCACUUACAGAACUAAAGAGGGUGAAAUUAAGAAAGUCUCCAAGCUCGAAUUGCAAGAUCAAUUACAAGCAUCUGAGAAGCUCAUGGAGAGCUUGAACUUGACUUGGGAAGAGAAGAUGGAGAAAACGCAGAAAAUACAUGUUGAGAGAGAGAAAGCGCUAGAAGAGCUUGGCAUCAGUAUAGACAAAGAUAUGGUCGGCGUACAUGCGCCGCAACGGCAUCCAUCUUUGGUCAACCUGAAUGAGGACCCCCUCAUGUCGGAGUGCUUGAUAUAUCAAUUGAAACCAGGGACAACUGUAGCCGGGAGCGUUGAUGAUACCAAGGCCCAUAUAAAGCUAUCGGGCGCUCAUAUACUACCCGAACACUGUAUAUUUACCAACGAAGAAGGCGUAGUGACAGUCGAAGCUAUGCCUGAUGCGCGGACGUUUGUAAAUGGGAAACGAGUACCGCCAAAAGCGCCCAUAAAACUGCAGAAUGGCUUUCGGGUGAUAUUGGGUGAUUUCCACGUUUUCCGAUUCAAUGAUCCAGCCUCUGUACGAGCUCAGCGACAAAAGCUGCAGGGUUCUGUCAGUAUCGAUAAUCUUUCUGGGGUCGUUGGUGGAAUCAGACCAGAUUCGCCCAGCAGUCGACCCGAUGCUGAAUUGAUGGAUUGGACGGCUGCAAGGAGGGAAGUAGCGGAUAUCGAGAAGCUAGGUGAUCAUGAUCUUGACAGGCUGUUUGAUGAUAUCGUGAUGCGAACUCAACGGAAAAGACCCGAAAGUCGAUAUGAUAUAUCUGCGGAAUUGGAAUCUCGGUUGAUGACAGCUUCAGAGACUCAGGAAUCUCUCGAUCCAAGCAGUAACCCUUGGGCGAAUGGGCAACUGCCUACUACCAUGACAUCGAACAGUAUCGGUACACCAGUCAUUCAUGAUAACGAUAAGUCUACCUUGGAAGAAGGCUCUGAAGCUGCGACGGAACAUCCGUUACCGCAGACAACCCAGAUUCCCCCGUUUCAAAAGCCUUCUGACUCUGCUUUGCAUCAAGAGCAUUUGACGAGGCAGCUCAAGACAAUGGCUCAGGAAGUGAAAAGAAUACGAUCUCAAGCUGCGGCUGCCCGAGCGACGAAACAAACCUCGAUUGAACCUGCUAAUUGGACAUUCAGAGAAUUGAAACUGGUCCAAGACGCGGUGCAAAGAUGGAAACGGUUGAGGCUUUUUGCCAUGGCGGAGGAGAUCCUCAUGGGUGCUGUCAAUGUUAGAGAAGCGAAUGUCAUUGCCCGAGAGAUGAGUAAGCUGGUCUCAUACAAUUUCCUUAUCGUCGAUGGUGUCGUCGCGUCACCUACUUCCUCAUUGGACAAAUCGAACGGUAUAGUAGAGUUCGAAGACGUCUCGGAUGAUGUGACCUCGAGUACCACAGGGCCGGUUGUGGUGAUCAAGAUUAUAGAUAGAGGAUCCCAGUCGAUCUAUGUCUGGGAAUUGCGCAGAUUCCAGCAGCAGCUUUCGAAGAUGAGACGAUCUCUCGCGCUCAAGCAGAAUCCCAACUACUCUGUACAUUUCAGGGUUGAUGGGACUUUCACCGAUACGCUUCCACCUUCGUACUCGUUUAUUGGAUCUGCUAGAGCACCUCUUCGGCUGCUGGCUAAUCAACUAUCCUACACGACUACCGUACCCAUCGUAUGCCAGUAUACCAUGGAAGCGAUCGGUUCUUGUAGGGUCAACUUCAAGUCUUCUUUUCCACCAUCAUCCGGUAUAGCAACACCUGAAUCCUCCUGGACACCUUUGAACAACAAUUUGACAGUCGGGAAUAAGCUCACCUUCACGAUCACUAUCGACGGGGUCAAAGGCCUUUCUUCGGUAGAUUACGCUUCGGUCCAUGGGCAGAUUCGACUUUCGUCCCUGGUCGGAUCUAGUGUCGUAUCGGAAGAUAUAUUCGCGUCUCUGCCGAUUGACCUUGACAAAACGUCUGUCGCUCAUCUCAAUCUCAAGAGGACCAUCUCGGUGAUUCUUACAGAAGAAAUGAUUAAUCACAUACAAGAUAGCUAUGCGACGAUCGAAUUCUUCGCUAAGGUCCGCACAGAGUAUCUCGAAAGGCUGGAACGAUGGGAUAGGACUAGGGAAGCGAGUCCACCCAAUUCUACCCCUGGUGCUCCUCGAAAAAUGGACGAGGUGAAACCUGCUAUGCGAAGGAGUGAGACGGACUUUGUGGGACAUGAACAUCAUGAUAUCCUCGCUUCUAUCGAAAUAAGAGAAUUAGCUUCAAAUGGUGAUUAUGUGCCCUGCGAGGUUUUUGACGAUAUAUUCCAGCUUCAUCAAGGUUUACAGCGUCGACUUCAAAUCAAGCUUACCCAUUCAUCUGGAAAGGCCUUCCCGUGGGACAGAAUACAGAAUGUCAGUACGAGUGAUAUCCGGGUGAUCGACAAAGGCAAUGUAUCGAGCAUUAGCAGAUCUCACGUGGAGAUGCGGUUGCACAAUCAAGAUAUAGAUUAUCUCCCUGAUGGAACGUCGGUACUGGAAGCGUCGGGAGUAUGGGACACUUCUUCUCAUGGAUGUAAACAGCUAGAUCGACGUACACCCUCGGACCAAUGUCUACUCCUCAAGCUGAGCUUUUUGGUUGAUGUCGAAACGCUGGACGAACCUGCUAUCUUACAGAUGGAUUUGAAGAUAAAAAUACUAGGAAGAGAUUCCAGAAGAUCUUCAAUCUUCUCUACGAUAUUCGCAUCUACCAAGAUAUACCAUUCGGUCACAUCCAUCUUUGCCAUUGAUCUCACACCGCCUAUAGCGAGAUCAACCGAUGACCUGUGGAGAUUGGAUACGUCCAAGAAACACGUCAAAGGUGAAGAAGUAUUAAAAGGUGAAUGGAAUCCUAGGAGCUUAAGUUUGAUUGAGGAUUUUAUGAAGAUGCAAAGGACAAUCAGGAAUCUGGCUGAUGUUCAGGCCACUCAAUCGAUAUUGGAGAUGAUAGAGGAUGUAGAGAGGAAGGAUCUGGAUGAGGAUGAGAGAGUGCGGUCGAUGAAGAGGUGUUUGGAGUUGUGGAAGAUGGAAAUGGAUCAAAGGAUUAUAAUUAAUGUCAAAAAGGAAACACCCGAGGAAGAAGCUGUAGCUCGUAAAUUGAGGCAACUUUUGCCUGACUUAGAACCGAAAUUGGUGCCUACGGUAAACAUACAGCCUAAAUUUGAGACUGUGAUAAGAACUGGACCUUUGACGUUGCUGAGAGAUUCUCAGAAUAAUCAAUGGUCGAAGUUGAUUUUUGUGCUAAGGAGGCCAUAUCUCCAUAUACAUGAAACGCCAAAUUCGAGAGAGUUCCAAAUUAUCAAUCUAUCCAAGGCGAAUGUAACGCAAAGUUCAGAUGUAGAGUUGCUUCUUGGUCGAAAGAAUGCUUUUACCAUUUUUACACCCACCAAUUCGUAUAUCCUACAAGCUGCUUCGGAGAAGGACAUGAGAGACUGGAUUGGGGUAAUCAGCACGAGUAGUGAAUUAUGA